AAAAAUACUGAUACAAGAUAACGUGAAUACAUCAUUGGAAAUUAUCGGUUGGAUUUGCAAGAAUUGAAGAGUAAGUUCAAAAUGCCUAAAGAAAGUCAGUUGUCUAAAGCAAAAAUAGUAGAUGCUUUACUUACACACGAAGAGGAAAUUUUAUCUAGCUUAAAUCGACCCACCGCUUUAGUCUGGUCAAAAGUAUCUGAAUACCUUCAUCAUAAAAUAUCGCCAAAAUACGUAUACACUAUUGUAAAGUGCAAUAGAUACAAUUCUCAUGAAGUUUUAAACAUUGCACAACAAAAUAAAGAAAUACCUUCUCUUGAAAGUACUACAUCUGAAGAUGAAGAACUAUGCUUUGAGAAACACAUGGUUAAAGUAAAUAAUGACGAUUGGGAAAAAAUCCGACCUACAAAAGUGUUUUAUCGUAAUAAUAAGUUUGAAGUAAAAUUAAAGGCUGGAUGGACUGAAAUUAUUAAUAGAAAGUUAAGUUCUAUUGUGUCAGGAAAUUGUAUCUGGAGGUUUAAGAAACACUACAUAUCUGCUUCUUCAAGACCAUAUUUAAGAAUAUAUGGCAGUUGCAGCGAAUGCGGUGCGCAGUUAGAAAUGAUUAAUGAAGAAGGACCUUUAAAUGAAGAAUUAGAAAUAAACGUUGUCAUACGCAAUAAAAAUGAACAAUUGCAUACUAACAUUAAAAAAAGGAAAUUAAAAGGCGAUUUACGAGCAACAGUAGGCAAAGAAUUGGCCGAUGGAAAAUUAGCUAUAAAUUGGCAAAGGGAAGAAGCCUAUCAACAACAGAAGAAAAAAUUACCAUUCAACUCAAGAUCCAUUUAUAAUUUAAAUGUACUUAGAAAGUGUAAGCAAGAACUUUCCGACAAAAAAAUGAAUGAUUUAGAUAAAUUUAAAAGUCCUAUAGAAAAUUUAUUAAAUUUAAAGUAUUCUCCUCCAUAUAUGACUAGUAUACAAUUAGUUUCAUUAGACAAAUUUAUGUUACAUUAUUGGACCAUAGAACAACUGCAACUAUAUAAUCAUUAUAAUAAAGUUGAAAGUGUUUCUGUUUUGGCGAUUGAUGCUUACAGGGGGGUUGGUUAA